AUGAAUUUUACAUAAAAUAGAUUUCGUAUUGGACCAAUAUUUAAGGCAAAAGUUCCUGUCAUAAAUUUUGAACAGUUAAAAAAGGAACAAUAAUAUUUAUAAUAUGAGUUUCAGAAAAGUGAUUCACAUCAACAUCAUAUUUCAACAUUCAAUUCACUUUAAGAACUUUAAAAAAAAGUAGAAUACACAUUAAAAUACCCUAAGAAAAAUCAAUACCUUUUAAAAUAACAACCAAAAAUAGAAUUGUAAUAUGCAUAUCAAUCUUAGCAAAGACAUUAUAUAACGUCCAAGAAAAUAAUACCGAAUUUAAUGUUAAAAGGAAUUAUCUUCCAAUUCUUUAUUUAUUACAAACCGAGCAACAGAUUGUUCAUUUCUUUGGUAUGACAAUAAGCCUGGAUAUAAAAAGAAAGAUGGUCUUAGUAAACCUGCUCGUCAUCCCAUAAAAUUAAAAACAACAUUAGGUAUUUAUCUAUUUAUUAUAAGACUUAAAACCUUAAAGAUAUUAAAGAAUUUUGAGUGACUCUUUCUAAAGUUGGACUUGA